UGAAGGGGUUACGAGUUGAGGGUUCCCAGGGAGAUUCGGGGACAGCGAAGGGUCCCGGUUUAGGAGGGAGGUGAGGAGCAGGAGCGGGUCCAGAAACACUGAGCCCGAAGCCCCCCAUGGUACGGCCCUGUCGGCCCCGCGCACCCCAGACGCCCAGUUCCGCAGCCGCUGGAUGAGACGGGUGGCGGACGCCAUCUUCCGUCCGAGAUGCUGAAGGGCGCCGCCAGUGACGUCUCUACCGCGGGGGCUGCUGGGAAAGACGCGGCGUGGUCUCGCGAGACAGAAGUGGGCGGGGCUAGGAUGUCCUAUAAAGUCUCUCUGCGGAGCACGUGACUUCUUUCUGCCAGACCGCCGCCGCGCCACCAUCAUGGACACCAGCCGUGUGCAGCCUAUCAAGCUGGCCAGGGUCACUAAGGUCCUGGGCAGGACCGGCUCUCAGGGACAGUGCACACAGGUGCGCGUGGAAUUCAUGGACGACACGAGCCGCUCCAUCAUCCGCAAUGUAAAAGGCCCCGUGCGCGAGGGCGACGUGCUCACCCUGUUGGAGUCAGAGCGAGAAGCCCGGAGGUUGCGCUGAGCUUGCCUGCUCGCUGGGUCUUGGAUGUUGGGUUCCACCACUUGGCCGAUGGGAUUGGUGUGUCACAAUCUGCUCCUUUAUUUUUUGCCUGCCACGCGGAAUUGAGAUGCUCCUUUUAAAUAAAGCGUUUGUGUUUCAAGUUAA